AUGUCUAAACUAUUUGUUGGCGGCCUGUCAUGGCACACCACUGACCAGAGUCUCCAUGAUGGUUUCUCCCAGUUCGGCACGGUCGAAGAAGCUAUUGUCGUUAAGGAUCGUGACACUAACCGCAGUCGCGGAUUUGGUUUCGUCCGCUUCAGCUCAGAGGCUGAUGCCGACGCUGCGGUGGCACAGUUGAACAAUACGGAGUUUGACGGCCGUGUUAUCCGCGUCGACAAAGCCUCUGAACGAACUAGUCGCAACGAUGGCGGUUUCCAAGGCCGUGGCGGAUACAACCAGCGCGGAGGCGGUGGAGGAUAUGGUGGAGGAUAUGGAGGCAGCUAUGGCCCGUACCUCUAA